AUGGCCGGGAAUUAUGGAAUGCAGCAAUUAAUACCCAUUGUAAAUAAAUUACAAGAUGCAUUCGUGCAAAUGGGCGUGCACAUGUCUUUAGAUCUUCCACAAAUUGCAGUUGUGGGUGGUCAAUCUGCAGGAAAAAGUUCGGUAUUAGAAAAUUUUGUCGGCAGGGACUUUUUACCUCGAGGAUCUGGAAUAGUAACAAGGAGACCCUUAAUUCUUCAACUUAUACAUGGAAAUGCAGAAUUUGCAGAGUUCCUUCAUUGUAAGGGCAAGAAGUUUACGGAUUUCAACGAGGUACGCAGCGAGAUCGAAGCAGAGACGGAUCGUGUGACUGGCAGCAAUAAAGGCAUUUCGCCAGUACCUAUUAACUUGCGAGUUUAUUCGCCUAAUGUGCUCAAUCUGACUCUCAUCGAUUUGCCGGGUCUUACGAAGGUGCCAAUCGGCGAUCAGCCCGCUGACAUCGAACAGCAGAUCAAAGCUAUGAUAUUCCAGUUCAUACGCCGUGAGUCCUGCCUCAUCCUCGCCGUCACGCCGGCAAACACCGACCUCGCUAAUAGUGACGCCUUGAAGCUUGCCAAAGAGGUGGAUCCGCAAGGUCUUCGAACUAUCGGUGUUAUCACCAAGCUGGACUUGAUGGAUGAAGGUACGGACGCUCGGGAUGUGCUCGAGAACAAGUUGCUACCGCUACGUCGCGGUUACAUCGGUGUCGUCAACCGCUCACAGAAGGACAUCGACGGCCGAAAGGAUAUCUCGGCUGCUCUUGCUGCUGAGAGGAAAUUCUUCUUAAGUCACCCGUCGUACCGGCACCUGGCGGACCGGCUGGGCACGCCGUACCUGCAGCGCGUGCUCAACCAGCAGCUCACCAACCACAUCCGCGACACGCUGCCCGGCCUGCGCGACAAGCUCCAGAAGCAGCUGCUCGCGCUCGAGAAAGAUGUCGAGCAGUACAAGCACUUCCGCCCUGACGACCCCUCAAUCAAGACCAAGGCCAUGCUGCAAAUGAUCCAGCAGCUUCAGACAGAAUUUGAGAAGACCAUAGAAGGAUCUGGAUCUGCACAGAUCAACACAAAUGAACUGUCGGGUGGUGCUAAGAUCAACAGGCUGUUCCACGAGCGGUUUCCUUUUGAAAUUGUAAAGAUGGAGAUUGACGAGAAAGAGCUACGCCGUGAGAUUGCAUUUGCGAUCCGAAAUAUACAUGGUAUUAGGGUGGGCUUGUUCACUCCUGAUAUGGCGUUCGAGGCUAUAGUAAAGAAGCAGAUCGCGCGACUAAAAGAACCCUGCUUGAAAUGCGUCGAUCUAGUUGUUCAAGAGCUUUCCAAUGUUGUCCGUAUGUGCACUGAACGGAUGUCGCGCUACCCGCGGCUGCGCGAGGAGACGGAGCGCAUCAUCAUGUCGCACGUGCGCUCGCGCGAGCAGCAGUGCAAGGACCAGCUCGUGCUGCUGGUCGACUGUGAACUCGCCUACAUGAACACCAACCACGAGGACUUCAUCGGCUUCGCCAACGCUCAGAAUCAGUCUGAAAGUGCUGCAAAAUCUGGACACCGCACACUUGGCAACCAAGUCAUAAGAAAGGGGUUCAUGUGCAUACACAAUCUCGGAAUUAUGAAAGGUGGUUCGCGUGACUACUGGUUUGUGCUGACGUCUGAAAGCAUCUCGUGGUAUAAGGACGAGGAGGAGCGCGAGAAGAAAUACAUGCUGCCUCUCGAUGGACUCAAGUUACGCGAUCUGGAGCAAGGCUUUAUGUCGCGCAGGCAUAUGUUCGCACUCUUCAAUCCUGAGGGCAGAAAUGUUUACAAAGAUUACAAGCAGUUAGAGUUGUCGUGCGAGACACAAGAUGACGUUGAUUCGUGGAAAGCAUCCUUCCUUAGAGCUGGAGUUUACCCUGAGAAGACAUCGGAAGCCUCAAAUGGGGAAGAAAACUCGGAUAGUGCUGGUUCGAGCAGUAUGGACCCGCAGUUAGAAAGGCAGGUGGAGACAAUUCGAAACCUAGUCGAUUCCUACAUGCGCAUUGUUACAAAGACGACGCGCGAUCUCGUGCCUAAGACUAUAAUGAUGAUGAUCAUCAACAACGCCAAAGAUUUUAUUAAUGGAGAGCUGCUCGCGCAUUUGUAUGCAUCGGGUGACCAGUCGCAAAUGAUGGAGGAGUCGCCGGAGGAGGCGCAGAAGCGCGAGGAGAUGCUGCGCAUGUACCACGCGUGUAAGGAGGCGCUGCACAUCAUCGGCGACGUGUCGAUGGCGACGGUGAGCACGCCCGUGCCGCCGCCCGUCAAGAACGACUGGCUGGAGAGCCGCCUCGACUCCAACCCGCGCCUGUCGCCGCCCUCGCCCGGCGGCCCGCGCCGUGCCGCGCCCGCCAUGCAAGCUUCGCUGGGGCAGCGCGGCGCGCCGCCGCCGCCGGGCGCGGGCGCGGGCACGGGCCGGCCGGCGCCGCCGCUGCCGUCGCGGCCCGGCGGCGCCGCGCCCCCGCCGCCCGCCGCGCGCCCCGCGCCCGCCCAGGGCCUGCCCGCGCCGCUCAUACCCACGCGACCGGGAAGUGGUGGAGUUGCGGGCGCGAUGGGCCAGCUGCCGCCUCACAUGCGACAACAGAUCAACCAGGCCGUAGGACAGGCCGUCACCAACGCGGCUAUCAACGAACUCAGUUCGGCUUUCGCCAAAUUCAACCGACCAGUUCCGAAUGCGCCACCAAAGCUGCCCGAGCGACCGCAAAACGGACGACCAUUUUGA